AUGGUGUGCCCGGGAGCUGCAUCGUCGGUAGAUGGUGGCGGCGACGACGGAGACCCGACCAGUGGUGUCGCGGCUGAACCAUUGUCAGCAACAGGCGACACGGGCCGGGGAGACGCGUCGGGUUGGGCCGAACCAGGCGACGAGGGGGAGCCAGGUGGGGACGGCAGCCCCGGGGACGCGGCUGGCGACCUGGCGAUGCCCGACGCAGGCGAGGCGGGCUGGGCCGACCCAGGCGAGACGGGGGACGCAGCGGGCGACCCAGUUGGGCCCGCGGUCGUGCCAGCGGGCGAGGCCGGUGGGGCCGUAGACACGCCAGCGGGCGAGGCCGACGAGGCAGCCUCGGGAGACGGGGCAUGGACGUUGGGGCCAUGCACGUCGAUCACGCCGACGGAUGCAGGUGCGGCGACGGUUUCCUGGGAAGAAAUUAGAGCAGCAUCUGCAGAAAACAAGUCCAUGUCUCUCCCUUCUAACAUGGUAUCAACCUAA